CUGAAACAGAGAGAAUCGAAGCAAAGCAAAAGAUAACAAACAGUGUUCUGCAUUGCAUAUCCUUCAUAAUUAGAUCCAACGGUUAAUAUCAAACCCCAAUCACCUAAUCCAACGGUCAGAACGAAAACCGCGUUUACGAAGCCAACCCAUGAAUCCUUCACCCUCUUCUUAAUACCCUUGCCGCGCCCUCUUCUCUUUCUCUCUCUUCCACAAUCAAGAUUCAUCCUUUCUCUCUCUAGAAACCAAACUCUUCUCUUCUUCUUCUUCUUAUUAUUCUUUUCCGUUUUUUGGUGUCUCUCUCUUUCGUUAUUUCGCCUUCGACAUUCGAAUCUGCGAAUUAUAGAAAACGAGAGAGUGAAAGAGAGAGAAAGAGAUAGAGAGUGGUUAUCUAAUCGCCGUUAAUUAAUUAAUUUAAGAUGCAACAAUCGAACGGUUCUGAUUCAUCUCAACAACAACAGCAACAGUCGGAGCUGAACCAACAACGGCAACGACAACCGCAGGCUCAGCCGGUGGCGCUGCCGCAGCAGUGGGUGCCGAUGCAGUACCCUGCGGCGGCGGCGGCGAUGGUAAUGCCGCACCACAUGUUACCGCCUCAACAUUACGCGCCGCCGCAUUACGUGCCUUACCAGUACCAGCAGCUGCCACACGUGCUUCACCAGCCCCAGCAUGGAUCCAGCGGUGAGAACAAGACCGUUUGGGUCGGCGAUUUGCAUCAUUGGAUGGACGAAAAUUAUCUCCAUCGCUGUUUCGCUUCUACCGGCGAGAUUACCUCCAUCAAACUUAUUCGCAAUAAGCAGACAGGUUUAUCAGAGGGUUAUGGAUUCGUGGAAUUCUAUUCACAUGCCACAGCUGAGAAAGUUCUACAGAAUUAUGCUGGAAUUGUGAUGCCCAAUACAGAGCAACCUUUCCGUCUGAACUGGGCAACAUUUAGCACAGGAGACAAGUGUUCAGACAAUGUUCCUGAUCUUUCUAUUUUUGUAGGAGAUUUAGCUGCAGAUGUUACGGAUAGUGUGUUGCAUGAAACAUUUGCUAGUGUAUAUCCUUCCGUUAAAGCUGCAAAAGUUGUUUUUGAUGCCAACACUGGCCGUUCAAAGGGCUAUGGUUUCGUUAGGUUUGGAGAUGAUAAUGAGAGAUCCCAGGCUAUGACUCAGAUGAAUGGUGUUUAUUGUUCUAGCAGGCCUAUGCGAAUUGGUGCUGCAACACCAAGGAAAUCAUCUAGCCAUCAACAAGGAGGCCAGUCAAAUGGCACAACCAGCCAAUCUGAAGCAGAUUCUACUUCUACGAACACAACUAUAUUUGUUGGAGGACUCGAUCCUAAUGUUACAGAUGAAGAUCUUAGGCAGCCGUUCUCCCAGUAUGGUGAGAUAGUCUCUGUUAAGAUACCUGUUGGAAAGGGGUGUGGUUUUGUCCAAUUUGCAAACAGAAAUAAUGCUGAAGAGGCAUUGCAGAAGCUAAAUGGUACAACGAUUGGUAAGCAAACGGUUCGUCUUUCUUGGGGCCGCAAUCCAGCAAAUAAGCAGUUUAGAAUGGAUUUGGCCAACCCCUGGAGUGGGGCAUAUUAUGGGGCCCCUAUUUAUGAUUGUUAUGGAUACGCGUUGCCGCCACCUCAUGACCCAAGCAUAUAUGCUGCUGCUUAUGGGGCUUACCCCGUUUAUGGAGGCCACCAACAGCAAGUAAGCUGAAUGAAGUGCACUGCAGGAGUAGCUCUCACAACAAGUUAUAACAGCAUCACGCUUGAAUGAUCAGAUUAACUUCUCUACCUUUUAACUUGCUUGAUCUGUUGAAUUCUUAAGAAUCCCUCCUAAUUGUGGAGCGGAGUUGAAUUUUGACAACUUGAGGUAGCAAUGUAGGGAUUCAAUUAUUUAUUUAUUUAGACCUGAGGAGUAAAUGACUAAUGAGGAACUUGU